AUGACAUUUGAGCUCUCCGACAUUCCUUGUCAUUGUUGGACAGACUCAACCGUCGCUCUUGCAUGGCUACGCCAAUCUCCAUCUCGAUGGAAAACAUUUGUCGCGCAUCGCGUCAACGCGGCGCAAACGCAACUCCCGGAUGCCAUCUGGCAUCACGUUUCUACUCAUCACAAUCCCGCGGAUCUAGCAUCCCGCGGAAUCUCUGCAUCUUCGUUAAAAGAAAGCUCCAUUUGGUGGCAAGGCCCCGAAUGGCUCAAGCUCCCGUCAAGCCAAUGGCCAGCUGUAACUCAGCAACACGACUUCGAGACAUCGCUCGAAGAACGGUCGAACGUCGUCGUUCAUACGCUUCAGAGCGACUCGGAAUGGGACUUAGCUUUUCGCUAUUCCUCAUGGCCAAAGCUUAUCCGCGUAACCGCUUAUUUAAUGCGCUUCAUUAAUAAGUUGCGAGAUCGCGUCACAAAACGGCGACAGCCGGAUAAUGAACCUAGGUUCAGCCUACCUGACGUAGUGUCGGUAGACGAAUAUCGAAUCGCGCGAAUAUUCUGGCUGCGCAUUAUUCAAACGAAUCUAUUUCACGACGAGAUCGCUCGCUUACGAAAUUCGAAUACCGUAGCGAAGGCCAGCAAAUUGAUCUCACUCAAUCCAUUCUUGGAUGACAAUAAUUUAAUUCGCGUCGGCGGCAGAUUGCGAAAAUCGGAACUCUCGUAUAACGUCAAGUAUCCUAUUGUACUAGCCGCGCAUCCUCUUGUGACGUUGCUAAUUCAACACGCUCAUACCCGCGCCCUUCACGCCGGCAGUCAAUUAACAUUACAUGCUUUACGCGAAGACUAUUGGAUUCUUCGCGCUCGCCAAACGGUGCGCUCCGUCUUAUAUCGCUGCAUUCCAUGCACGCGUGAAAGAGCUACCGUUCCGAAUGAAAUGAUGGGCGAUCUCUCCGCGAUGCGCAUACGACCAGUCGAUCGCGCCUUCAUACAUUGCGGUCUUGAUUAUGCCGGACCCAUUCCUGUUCGAAUGAAUUCCGGCCGCGGGCAUAAAUCGCGGAAAGCGUAUAUUGCCGUCUUUAUCUGCAUGACGACUCGCGUCAUCCAUCUCGAAUUAGUAAGUGACUAUACCACCGACGCAUUUUUAGCCGCCUACGAGCGCUUUUCUUCUCGGCGCGGGAUCCCUGCCGACUUGUACUCCGAUAAUGCAAAGAACUUUCUAGGAGUCGACCGCGAAUUAAAGGCUGCGCUGCAAGCCGCACAAAACGAUUCACAUUUACGCAGCAAGUUGUCGUGCGACGGAGUUCGUUGGCACUUUAUACCCCCUUCCGCUCCUCACUUUGGAGGCCUAUGGGAAGCGGGGGUGCGAAGCGUAAAGUAUCAUAUGAAGCGAGUUAUCGGUUCACACACGCUAACGUUUGAAGAGCUCACGACGCUGCUCUGUCAAAUCGAGGCGUGUCUUAACUCGCGUCCGAUCGCGCCGAUGUCGGAAAAUCUCGACGAUUAUUCAUGUCUCACGCCGGGCCACUUCUUAAUUGGCAACUCAAUUACUGCGACACCGGCGCCCACGCUACUUGAAACAAGGGAAACCCGUCUGACUCGAUGGCAACUCGUAAAGCAAAAAAACGAACGCUUAUGGAAGGCUUGGUCGAACGACUAUUUGCACGGAUUGCAGCAACGCUCAAAAUGGCGCGUCGCUCAAAGGCUUGCUCGAGUCGGACGCUUGGUUCUUUUGCGCGAUCCCCUCGCACCACCGUGCAAGUGGGAGCUUGGUCGUAUCAUCGAAUGUCACGUUGGAGACGACGGAUUAACUCGCGUCGUCACUGUCAAAACCGCGAAAUCUACAUACAAACGAUCAAUCGUCAAACUGUGUUUCUUGCCGGUCGAUUUGAACGACGCUUCCGCGUGA